UGCAGUGUAGUAGGAGAGAGUGUGGGUGCCUCGAAACGCGGGUGAUAAUAGAAGCGUCGUCGCAGUUCGUCGCGAGGAUUCGGCCUUUUUAGUCUCUGCACGCAACAGAGGCGCGUUCGUGGAAAAAAAUCAAAAUUGGCUGGGAUAGAUAAUACCGAUAAUGGACUCGCUGCGGUAAUAGUUGCCUCUCCAUUCGACGUAGUUCAAUUCUUUUUAUUUCGCAGUUUUUAAUUUGAUAAUAAGAGAAAAAAUGAAGAUACUCGUGAUUAAAUUUUUAUUGGCCUCGUGCUCCAUUAUGUUCGCCCGGGCGGACGGAGAGGAGGGAUACCGUUUGAAGCACGUCAGUGUGAUCUUCCGACACGGAGACCGUGCCCCCGAUCCCGUGGAGAUGUUCCCCAACGAUCCCAACUAUCAGAACACGUUCUAUCCCUAUGGUUUGGGCGGAUUGACGAACGAGGGCAAACGUCGCGAGUAUCGCCUCGGCGAGAUCCUGCGCGAGCGAUACGACGAUCUGCUCGGCGAGGUCUACCAGCCGGACGCGAUCUACGCGCGCAGCACCGAUUAUAGACGAGCCAAGAUGUGUCUGCAGCUCGUGCUGGCUGCUCUGUAUCCGCCCAAGGGUCCGCAGAUCUGGCGGGACGAGCUGGCCUGGCAGCCGAUACCCGCCGAGUACGCUCCCUCCAUCAAGGACUGGUUGAUGAUACCCGAGGAGUGUCCCGAAUAUCUGAAGGAGCACAAGGACGUGAAGAGUCUGCCGGAGGUCAAGGAGAGGAUCGACGAGCUGAGCGAGUUCAUGAGCAAUCUGACCGAGUGGACGGGCCGCGAGAUAUCCUACGUCAACGACAUGUACAAUCUCUAUCACAUCCUCGUGGCGGAGCAGGCGAUGGGCCUGGAGCUGCCACGAUGGGCCAAGGAGGUCUUCCCCCGUGGUCAGCUGUACGACGGCAUUCAGCUGUGGUACGAGAUAUUCAGCAAGACGACGCACAUGAGACGCACCAAUGGAGGAAAAUUAUUGCACAACGUGCUGAGUCACAUGAGCGAUCUGGAGCGCGGCCAGCGGGCCCCGAAGCUCGGUCUGUACAGCGGCCACGAGACCAACGUCGCGGCGAUCCUGCAGACCCUCGGUUUGUGGUAUCCCCACGUGCCCGAGUACAGCAGCAGCGUCGUGCUCGAGCUCCACGAGAAGGACUCGCAGUACUACGUCAAGGUGCUGUACUAUCUGGGGAUCCCCGAGAAGUGGGUGGAGCAGGUGGUACCGGGCUGCGAGGCGGCCAUGUGCCCGGCCGACAAGUUCCGCGAGCUGCUGGCCGAGGUGACGCCGAGCAAGGACGAGAUGGCCUGCGACAAGAGCGUGGCCAAGGGUCACGGUUACAUAUUCUGAUUCGAGUAUUAUUGUGCGCGCGCGCGCGUCGAGGACGAACUUUUGGUAUAGAAUGUGCAAGAAAUGGAGAAAGGAUAAUAAUGAUAAAAUGUAGAAAUAAUACGAGUAGACGAUAAAAAUGUCGGGACGACGAUGGGCACGACGAUUUUUGUGAUAAUGUUUGUUUCGUAUCGUCGUACGUUAAAGUAAGAGCCGAUCUUAAAUGUGUCCAGUUAUGAAUAUGUUUAAUUACAAUUAUAGAUCAUUUA